AACACUGCGCGCAUUUCGGCAUUCGAUUGGAGGUUAGAUUGGAGCAUGUUGGAGCCGGAGCACGUCGGAGCAGAGAGUGACAUCCUGAAAGAUAUAUGUUUUGCAAGGUAGCGGAUGACGAGGGUGGAUGUCAACUCUGACUGGAAGUCAUGUUUUACGUAAUAGGAUUAGGUCUAGGCGACGCGAAGGAUGUCACUGUCAAAGGGCUCGAAAUUAUUAGGAAAUGCGACCGCGUGUACCUGGAGUCUUACACCUCUAUCUUGACAGUACAGCAGGAAACCUUGGAAGAAUUCUACGGGCGUCCCCUGAUCGCAGCUGAUCGCGAGCUAGUGGAGAACAGCGCGGACGAAAUACUGCCGACGAGAGACGAUGAAGAUGUUGCCUUUCUGGUUGUGGGAGAUCCCUUUGGAGCUACCACUCACACGGAUUUGGUUCUGCGUGCAAAGGCAAAAGAUAUACAGGUGAAAGUCAUACACAAUUCGUCAAUUUUGACCGCAGUUGGGUGUUGCGGCUUGCAACUUUAUUCGUACGGGGAAAUCGUUUCGAUUCCCUACUGGACGGACACUUGGCGACCGGACAGCUUUUACGACAAGAUAGCUUCCAACAGGCAGAGAGGACUGCAUACCCUCUGCCUCUUAGACAUCAAAGUUAAAGAGCCUACUCUAGAAAGUAUCACGAAGAAAAAAAAGGAGUACAUGCCUCCGAGAUUUAUGAGUGUCAACGAGGCUGCUAGUCAAUUGAUAGCGAUACUCGACAAUAAGAUUCAAGAGGGCGAUAAAGAUUUAGCGUUCACGCGGGAGAGCCUGGCGGUAGGCUUAGCGCGGGUGGGCUGCGAGGACCAGCGCAUUGUCGCUUGUUCCCUGCAAGAUAUGACGCGUGUGGACUUGGGACCGCCGCUACACUGUCUCGUCGUACCGGCUGAAGUACUCCAUGCCCUCGAGAAGGAAUUUCUAACGGAGUACGCAACUCAAUGACUGUGAGAGAAAUAAGCCGGACUUUUUUCUCUAAUAAAAAAAAUAGAUAAAUAAGAUGAAUUCCCUUUUUUGUACAGGACUUGGAUAAAAUAAAUUGAUCGUAUCAAACGAUUAAACGAUGCAUUUAUCUUAAGUGCAAGAUGUCAAUAAUUUGAUACGAUGGAAAUUUAUAUUUUAUUUAUUUUUAAUGGAAAUACACUUUUUUAUUUUAUUUUCGUAAAAAUUUAAAUAUAAAUUAUUACAUCUAUAUUAUAUUAAUUACAAUUUUAAUGUCUACGAUUUUUAGAGGUACGUUUGAUUUUGCAGUUUUCAUAAUCCUAAAAUUCAUACAGGACUUGGAUAAAAUAAAUUGAUUGUAUCAAACUAUUAAACGGUGCAUUUAUCUUAAGUGCAAGAUGUAAUUUGAUACAAUGGGAAUUUA